UUGCUUAUUUUUGUCGCCAGUACACCAGAUACUAAUAGCCGUCCGGUUCUCUCCGCCUCCUCGGUUCACGUCUCCUCUAGCACUAAGACAGAGGUGGUCACGGGGGAGGUAGUGGAAAUAGUCGACUCGGAGGAAGAGGAAGAAGAAGAUAAUGGGGAAUCAGAUCCAAAAAUUAUUCUGGUUCGUCGACAGAUCAAAUACCUCUCUCGGCUUUCUGCAGACGUGGUGCUGAAGGCUAACAAAAUAGUUGUUGUUACAAUCCAAAAGUCUCCCUCUCUCUGGUCCCUCCCACCUUCUCUUCGUUCGUUGCUUUAUAAUUUGAUUCUGCCCAGCAUCCAACAUACUGAUUUGGCCAUCCGUAAUCAGGCGAUUUUGGCGCUGGGUCUCUGCUGCACUCUCGAUUUGGCUCUCACUAAGUCAUAUCUCUCACUCUUCUAUGAGGCAUGCAUAAAUGCUGUUAAGCUUGAUCAUGCUACGGUUCGGGUGACAGCUAUCAACUGCAUUAUCGAUGUCUUCGUGAUUUUCGGCCUUCAUCCCUUUCUGGAGGUGGCAGAGAAAUUUGUCGAGGUCGACUUGGACAUUGGCGACCUUGUUUUGCUGAAGAGCGGACGUUCCGGCUCCUGUUCGGUCAACACUACCGCUUCCGAAACCGUCAGUCUUGCUCUUCGUUUAUUGGCACCUAUGGUGGAACUCAUCGAUAGUGACUUUGUAGAGGCUUCUGGAAUUCUCCCCUUUGUUUACUUCCCCGAACCUCUUCAGGAUGCAGACUUGCGCACUGCAGCGGGUGUUGGCGUAGCGAAGCUCUUUAUCUUCGGCCGUUUAUUGUCUGGUCAGCUGAUCUCACGCCUGCUGCUACUGUGGUUUAAUCCGCAAACUGCAGAGUUGCCUACUUUGAGCCAGUCCCUGGGGGUCUUCUUCACCGACUUCGCUUGCUCCAGCCCCGAGAGGCAGGCCUGUGUGGCCGAUGCGGUCCUUCCCACACUGUCCAUCCUCGUGGCAGCGCCAUCCACAUCUGUUCUCUCCGAGAUCGACCCUGGCCUUGUCGUUGAUCUUCUUGCGCGACUUACCGAUGCCUCCUGCCUCUUCCCUAAGGUGCAGAGCAGAGUGGACGCUGACAAUGGGGAGGAUUACAAAAGUACUGAUAAUCCCUGCCACGACGACCUAGCCAUGCGUCUCAGUAAUCGCAUCUUGAACUCUCCCCAGUCAGUAGAGGCUCGCCUUUACGUUCGAGUACUCAGUCAACUUCGACUAUCCUUGUACAAAGCCCAACUAUACAAGGAUCUCCUUCGCAUGACAGAUCUCAUGUUCAAAAAAGUUGAGCGCUGUGCGUUUCUGAGUCUUCAUCGCUUUAGAAAAAACAUUCAGGCAAGUAUAUCUGCUUCGGGAUUAACGAUGGACGACUUCUUGCUUGAAAGUCCAAACGUUGAGGUGCAGGCCUCUGACCCGCCUCUUUCACCCCAUCGUGAGGAUCGUCCGAUCCUCCUAGAGUCUCCUGGGCCCUCAAAAUUGAUCUUGGAGGAAGGCGGGGGUACUCUUCAAAGGACCUCACUCCUGCAAUGUGAGAAUCGGAGGAACACAAUAACUGACUUGUCCUUGGAUGAUGACGAAAACAGUGGAGAAGCAGAAGGUGAAGAUGAAAAAAUUGCGCCUUUAGAAAUGGAAGGAGAAGAGGAUGACGAAGCUGGGGUGGUUCGAACUCACCAGACUAUCUCAGAGCGGUUUACCAGCUCACGAACACACCUUUGUAAGACGUCCGCUAUCACUGCCGCUGUCCGCAAUAUUCGUAUUGCAUCAAAGACGGAGGCGACGGUGAGGACAGAUAAGGAGGUGAUGCCUCCGCCCUCCUCUAGAAUGGCAAAAAGCAACGUCCAUAAGAAGUCGGAGUCACUUCAAUCAAAUGUGCGCCGGGCUUCCACUUGUUCGUCGACGAAGAAAAAAUGA